AUGAGUGGACUGAGAUUAGAACUAUUAGAAAAUGAAGAUCAAAAUGGUAGUUGUAGUGAAGAAAGUGCAGGAAGUUUAUUUCAUACUGAUUGGUCAGUAUCUUCUGAUGGGACAUGCCUAUUACACAAGAGUACAGGAUUACAGAUAACACAUGAGGGAACUAUUGGAAUGGAAUCUCGCCAUGGAUUGGGUGAUAUUCAGAUAAGUUCAAAAGAUUUUGAAAUUUUACCAACACCUUUAGGUCAUGGUAGAAGUUCAGUGGUUUAUAGUGCAAUCCAUAAAUUAUCAAAACAAAAAGUUGCUAUAAAAGAUAUUUAUGUAGGAGAUGAAGUACAUCAAACUCAGUUAUCAGAAGAGAUUAAUGCUUGGAGACUUACAAGUUAUUGUCCACUUUUAGUUCAAUUUUUAGGUGCUUAUAUGAAACCUUUCAAAAAAAUAGUUUGUUUAAUUAUGGAACAUAUGGAAUAUGGUAGUUUAUAUGAUAUACUAUAUAAAAAUCCUAAACAAUCAGAAACUGAAGGAUCUUAUGGAAUAGAGGAGAAAUAUUUAAAAUUCAUAGUUAUUCAAAUAGUAGAUGGUCUAGCAUAUUUACAUAGAAAUGAUAGAAUUCAUCGUGAUGUAAAAUUAAACAAUAUUCUAAUAAAUAAAGAUGGUGCUGUAAAAAUUAGUGAUUUUGGUAUUUCAAAAUUUAUAAAUGAGAAUACAACAAAGCAUGAUGGUAAGAAUUUAUCAACUUUUGUUGGAACUCAAAUAUAUAUGAGUCCUGAAAGAUUACAAGGGAAGACAUACUCAUUUUCUAGUGAUAUAUGGAGUUUAGGUAUAUGUAUAUAUGAAUUGGCUGCUGGAUCUCAUCCAUUUAAAAGUUAUAGUCUUUUUGAUAUGGUUUAUAUGUUAUGUAAUGAUUCAGAUUCUAAAAAAGUAGGAAAUUUAGUGGAUCAAAAUUCUUUUAAUAGAUCAUUAAAAUCUUCUUAUCAAAAUAAUGAAGAUUUUAAUUCUUUUCUCAGAAAUUGUUUAGAAAUAGAUCCUAAAAAUAGAGCUACUGCACAACAAUUACAAUGUUCAGAUUGGCUACGUCAAGGUACGGCAAAUAGAUUUGAGUUUCUAAAGUGGUUAAAAUUACGAAAACCUCAUCUUAACAUAUAA